ACAACUGCUUCAACUACAACUACAGCAGCUACAACUACAACAACAGCUGCUCCAACCAAACCAAAGGCUACUCCAACAACACCAACUACUCUUGUGACGACUACGACUACAACAACUCAAGCUCCUCCUCCAGUGUUUGUUGUUGCAGCAACUGUGGUUGAACCAUUUGUUGAAGAGCUAAAUGACAGAAGUAGUGUGCAGUUCAAAGCUCUUGAAGUAAAAGUGAUAGCAGUGUAUGAUAUCAUCUACAGCGCAAGAUAUGGAAUUCUCUUCAUCCGGAGUUUUAUCAUUUCCUUCAAACCAGCCUUCACCAGAUUUCGAAUGAAUGGUACUCAAGCAGAGGUUGGCGUAGAGUUCAAUAAAACCACACCAGCUGAGACAAUCCCAAAGGCUGAAGAUGUUCAAGCAACACUGAAGGAGGCUGUGAAUAACCCCAACAUCACUUUGAAUGUCACAUUCGACGUGAAUUCCAUUCAAAUAAUAAGUGUACCUGCAACUUCAGCCCCAGUAGUUUUGCAAAAUACAACAACUACAACUAAUGGAACUACUGCAAACAUCACUACCGGAGUGGCAACAACAACACCUGGAACGUCAACUGCCAGCAAUGCAACAACUACAACUAAUGAAACUGCUGCAAACAUCACUACCGGAGUAGCAAUAACAAAACCUGGAAUGUCAACUGCCAGCAAUGCAACAACUACAAUUAAUGGAACUACUGCAAACAUCACUACCGGAGUGGCAACAACAAAGCCUGGAACGUCAACUGCCAGCAAAGCAACAACUGCAGCAGUUACAACCAUUACAACAAAAACCACAACUGUGGUGCAAACAGUAAGGCAGCUGACCUUUAGGUCUCCCGGAGAGACCUUUACAGCUGAUUUACUCGACUCGACCUCAACAGCAUUUAAAAACCGAGCUGCACUUUUAAAGUCAACUCUUGAACCAUACUACAAGCAAUCAUUUUCUUCAUUCAGUGAUCUAACAGUGAAGUCUUUCAGAAGCGGCUCAAUCAUCAAUGAAAUGGAGCUUCGAUUUGUAUCUGCAUCUGCUCCUACUGGCUCCGAAAUUGCACAAGUUUUGGUCAAGGCGGCUUCAAACAUCACUGCCUUCACCAUUGAUGCUGCUAGUAUUUUCGUCGAUGGCACACAAGUGUCAAGUGGAGUAAGCCACAAGAUCAGUCUCAUCAUGGCUUUCUGCAUGGUCCUGUUGUCAUGGAUGCUGUCAAGCCAACACUAACAUCUCUGCUAAUUUCUAGUGGAUGAUCUGCUUAAACAUUAUUCUAAGUGGAAACCACCCAAGACAUCAUGAGAGGGCAUUUUGUUUAAGAGAUAUAAUUAGUCAACAUUUUCCAAGCAUGUUUCAGCAAAUCAUCAGUCAAAAACUUAAAUACUGGUAAAACCACAUUUAUUAUUUGUACUACUUGUGAGGAUGUUAGUAGGAUAUUGUUACUUUGGCAGCAAAAUCCUGGAUCCAGUCUAUGAAGAAAACAACUUGUGUACUUCCUGCGUCUAUUGAGAGAGUUAUUUAUGUUGUCUAAAGAAGUGAUGUAGGAUUUAAAACUUUUUCUCUCAAAGUAACUGCACUUUAUUCUUAUAGAAAGUUUAAUUAUUGUGUUCAUUAUUUAUAUACUGUAUAUAUAUUUGAAAUACUAAUGAAGGAAUUGCCUGAAUGACUGAUGAGUGGGUGACACAAUUUAUGCCAGAAUCCUCUAUAAAUGAAUGUUGUGGGAUAAAAGAAAUGUAGAACGUCUGAAACCUUUGUGAUUAUUUAGUUUUUCUUUUCAAUAUAAACAUAUCAAUGAGAUCGAUUGUUUCUGUAUUCAGUAUGCUCUUAAGUGUUAUGCAAGCUUAUUUCCGUGUAAAUAAUGAAGAAAUUUAAUUAUAUACAAUAUGAACAUUAAAUUACAUUCAUAUGAGAUUAUUGCAAUAUUUAUCUUUAGGGUGAAAGAUGUGUUAAAUGGCAUAAAAUGCAAUGUAGCUGUUUCCAAUAAAGAAAUUAAUAUGUAAAA